AUAAAUUAAAAAACAAAAAUGAUGGCGUGGAAAAAUUUAUUGUUCGUGUCUUUGGCGUUAUUCGCAAUGAUGCCAUUUAUUGCUGCAUCGGAAGAGGAAGAGAAAAACUUUGCCGUUGAAUUGACGGCUGAAACUUUCGAUGAGGCUAUUGCGAAAAAUAAUCAUUUUGUUAAAUUCUUUGCACCAUGGUGCGGUCACUGCAAACGUCUGCACCCUCUGUGGGAACAACUGGCCGAAAUGAUGAACGUGAAAGAUGAACCACAAGUUAUCAUUGCCAAGGUUGAUUGCACCCAACAGCAAGAAUUGUGCGCCAAACAUGAAAUCACCGGCUAUCCCACCCUACGUUUCUUCAAAUUGGGUGAAACUGAAUCGGUGAAAUUCAAGGGCACCCGUGAUAUGCCUGCCAUUACCGAAUUUAUUAACGAACAAUUGAAUGCCGACAAUGAAAUUCCCCACGGUGAGGAGAAAGAAGGAGAGAAAAAGACUGAGGGCGCAGCUGUGGUUGUUGAAAAGGGAAAACUUGUUGAAUUGACCGAAGACAAUUUCGCCAAACAUGUAUCCAGUGGUAAUCAUUUUGUUAAGUUCUAUGCUCCCUGGUGCAGUCAUUGCCAGCGAUUGGCUCCCACCUGGGAAGAAUUGGCCAAGGCUUUGCAAAAUGUUCAAGAUGUCAGCAUUGCUAAGAUUGAUUGUACCGUUCAUCGUCCCAUCUGUCAAGAUUUUGAAGUUAAGGGUUAUCCCACCUUGUUGUGGAUUGAGGAUGGCAAGAAGAUUGAAAAAUACUCUGGUGCACGCAGCCUCGAAGAAUUGCAAUCGUAUGUUAAGAAAAUGUUGGGCAAUGAUGUGGCCACUGAGGCACCUGCCACCGAGAAAGCUUCGGAUGAUGCCGAUAAAUUGCAAGUCUUGCAAUUGAAUGGUGAUAACUUUGCCCCCACUGUUGCCGAUGGCGUAACAUUUGUUAAAUUCUAUGCUCCCUGGUGUGGCCAUUGCCAAAAAUUGAGUCCCGUCUGGGAUCAAUUGGCUGAGAAAUUGCAUGCCGCUCCAAAUGCCAUUAAAAUUGCCAAGGUUGACUGUACCGCUCCCGAAAAUAAGAAACUAUGCAUUGAACAAGAAGUUGAGGGUUAUCCCACAUUGUUUGCCUACAAAAAUGGUGUACGUCAAAGUGAAUAUGACGAUAGCCGAUCUCUAUCCGAAUUGGUGGCCUAUAUUACCAAAUUCGUAAGACACGACGAAUUGUAAAUUG